AUGGCUGAGCAACAGAAUGGAGUGUCUGAACCACAACCAGAGGCACAGCAUCGCUCCUGCAAUGUCAACCCAGCAAUCAGACUGGUCCAGAGAAUGCAGAACUUCAGGGUUGACACAGGUGGCGAAGUAAGCCUUAGGGAGCUGCUAGCAAUCGCAGUAGAGGACUUAGCCCAGGAGGAUCGUGAUCACCAGGUGAAUGAGACCGCAGCCAGGGUCUCCCCAUUUGGCCAGACAGAGGGUACCGUCUCAAAGUGUCAGUGCACAGCUUUGUUGGAUGAUGUAGAUGGGUUCCUGCAGGACUUUGAGCAGCAAUGUGAGCUCAUUCGCUUGCCGCCAGAUGACUGGGUGCUGGUACUGGAUGGGAGACUGAGAGGAUGA